GAAAGCGACACCUGCAGUGCCUACAGCCUACCAAAUGUCAGAGCUCAGCUCAUUGCUGCACUGAGAACAUCAUAUACCAAUCGUUGGCGAGGGAGGUGCAACGGCACUUAAAAAGGUUUGUUUGAUAAAUAUUCAUCAUUUCCACCUGACUCCAGAUCACUGAACACAGAGGGACACUCAGCACUUAACAGCAGUUGUAUUCAGACGUGUGACUGAGAUGAACGUGAUUCAGUCCAUCCUCGUUCUCAUCGCUCUGCUCACGUUAACAGCAGGAGCAGAGGAGGUGAAAUUUGCUCAGGUGGGAGAUCGGGUUAUCCUUGAACCACCAGUGGGGACUGAUUCAAAAGUUCAUUAUAUAUACUGGAAGAAUUCUGACGACACUGACGUUGUUUGGAGCAAUCCCUUUGGCAGCAGGAUUACUAAAGAUCUGUUGUCUGACGGCUCACUGGUCAUCGACAAAAUAAAAGAUGAACACUUUAGGACUUUUAUCUGUGUGACUAAAUCUGGUGACAAAAUUCUGUUCACGCGCACAUAUAGAAUACUCAAAGUCAACGUGACUCUGAACCCACCCUCUCCUCUGCUGCCCGAGGAAACUCUGACUCUGAUCUGCAAUGUUGAGAGUCUUCAGGGUCAGAAGAAGCCUGAGAUUCACUGGCUGAAUCCUCAGAGUCGGCAAGUUGGAAGCAAAGGAUCAGCCACAGUGAAAGUCACAGGUCAACACAAUGGCCGGUGGACUUGUGUUGUGACAAAUAAUAAAAAAGAACACCAUGCCACUGUUUCUGUUACGGUUGUGGACCUCUCCCCAGCUCCUACAAGUCCACAAUAUACAUCUAAAUCCUGCCCCCUCACUAUCCCCUGUUCCAUUCACGUCUCCUGGGAUCAAAUCAAAGCUAAGGGGAUCCAGGAAGGAAACUGGCACUUCAUCCCUAAGCCAGGCUCGAGUCUCACUCCUCAUGGUUCACAGAGACUCUUCUCCCUCUCUCUGGAGGAUAAGCUGGCCUGGAAGGCAGACCAAAACAGAGGACUGACUACUGCAUCAGACCUUACAAAGGGAAAUCUGUCUUUGAUGAGAAAACAAGGGAGAGAAGACGACAGUGGAGACUAUGUAUGCUCCCUGAAUUUCAAAAACGGUCUUACUCUGAACAGGACUGUGCAAGUAAAGGUGCUGCAAAUCAUCUCCUCUCCAGGUACAGAGUUAAUUUCCGGCCAGCAGCUCAACCUGACUUGCGGCCUCGGCCAUCCGCUGCCCUCUGACCUGAAAUUGCGAUGGGUGCCGCCUGAACAAUCUUCGUCGUCUCUGACAUCUGACCGUCUCCCUGCCCAUCUCACCAUCCCGGAAGUGGGUUCAGAAGAUAGCGGAAAGUGGAGGUGUGAGCUGUGGCGGAACGACACGCGGCUGACGUCGGCUGACAUAACACUGAAGAUCGAACCCAGACUGAGUGUGUGGAUGAUCGUGAUUAUCUGUAGUAUCACGGCCAUUGUAAUCCUUCUCAUCCUCAUCUUCGUAUGCAUCGCCUACCGACGCAGACAACGGAGGAUGAGACACCUCGGUCACCGAAUCUGCCACUGCAAAACCCCCAAGCCUAAAGGAUUCUACAGAACAUAAUAUCUCCACAGAAAGACACUUUCAAGAGGACUUCGCAACUAAUUGAAUUUCUGUCCAGAUAAGAUGGAUUUUUCUGUCGUAUCUACGACACCGUGAACUCUGGUUCAGGUGUGUGUGUUAGAUGAGGCUCUAAAAGUUUGAAACAAAGUUCAGUCAUCAUUGAAAUGUCAGAUAAGACUUUGUUAUCGCAAUAAAUGUAUUUUACAGUUGUACAUACCAGUUCUUUGUAAUGUAAUCGACUUCUUUCCCAUUGUUGUUCCGUUUAAUCAUUUAAAAAUCAUUGUUUGUUAUUAUUACUUUAGUUGUUUAUAUUAUACUCUCUUUCAUUCACAUUUAUUGUCUUUUUUUCAUACUAUAUAAUGUAUAUAUUAUGACAUUCUCACAUGAUACUGCAUUGAAAAGCUUGGUUUUAUAAAUAUAUACAAAUA